AGGCGAAUUCGUCUCCCUUAUGCGGGAAGUUGUUGUAGUGCCUCCGCCUCCACCUCCUCUGUUGCUCUUCGUGGUCAACGUCAAGACGGCUGCUACAGUGUGGGUCGAAAUUAGCCAGAAUGACAAGGUCUCGAUGUUGAAAAAAUACACCUUGAAAAAGACAGGCAUACCAGUAGAGGAACAAAUAUUAUUACAUUCAGGAGAAGAGCUGAAGGAUGAGUACGUGCUGAAGGACUGUGGGGCGCUGCGAGAUAGAAAUGUUGUCCAUUUGGUUGAUCGACGCGAUGCGCCAGGUGAGAUGACAGUGGAGGAUGCCUCGAAGGAGGAGGCGGCAAUCCACGGUGUCAAUUAACAUGCUGUCUUC